ACAGGAGAAAGCCUCUGGUCUUUGCACGUUCCUUUAACCAAGGACUCCUGGUCCUUGGGAGUGGGAAGAAGCAGAAUGGGUUCACUCAGGUGUCAGGGAGGAUCAGCCGUGAAGGUAGGAGUCUGGAUUCUGAGCGCGAUCCCGGGCCAGUAGUGUGAGUUCUAGAGUCCGGGGCUGGGUUCCUCCUCCAAGGUUCCCGGGGCCGCCCCGGUCACGUGGCUGAUGGGGCCGGCAGGUAACUCGCCGGGAGAGGGCGGGGGCCGGUAGCCGCCCCGCCUUGCGGGGCGCCGCGGGCGGGUCUCAGCGGCGCCCACUGAGCCAGCCGGGCGGCAGGUGCCGCCCCCGACACACGGCGUCCCGCCCAAGCUGAUCGGUGUCUGCUGUGGGUCUGUGAUUGCGUGCGCCUCGUCGGUCCGCGUGCGUCCGUCCGGGCGCCCCCUUCCUCUGCGGCCAUGACUCCGCCGCCGCCCCCGCCCCCGGGCCCGGAUCCCGUGGCAGAUCCCACCGCAGACCCAUGCCCGGGGCCUAGGUCAUUGGUCGUCCUGUUCGGGGCGACGGCUGGUGCCUUGGGGCCAGACCUGGGCUCCGACGAGACUGACUUAAUCCUCCUAGUCUGGCAAGUGGUGGAACCGCAAAGCCGCCAGGUGGGGACACUACACAAGUCGCUGGUUCGUACCGAGGCGUCCUCGCUAAGUCCAGAGUGCCGUGAGGCAAGCGGCCUGAGCGCCGACAGCCUGGCUCGGGCCGAGCCGCUGGACAAGGUGCUGCAGCAGUUCUCCCAGCUGGUGAGCAGGGAUGUGGCUCUGCUGGGCGGGGGCCCCUACGUGCUCUGUACUGAUGGGCAGCAGCUGUUGCGACAGGUUCUGCACCCUGAGGCCUCCAGGAAGAACCUGGUGCUCCCCGACACCUUCUUCUCCUUCUACGACCUCUGCAGAGAGUUCCACAAGCAACACCCAAACACCUGCCCUGCCAAGGACCUCACUGUGGCCACCAUGGCACAGGACUUGGGGCUGGAGACAGAUGCCACAGAGGAUGACUUUGGCGUCUGGGAAGUGAAGACAAUGGUAGCUGUUAUCCUUCACCUGCUCAAAGGGCCCAGCAGUCAAUUGUUUUUGGAACCUGAGGUGAUAAAGCAGAAAUACGAGACAGGGCCUUGCAGCAAGGCUGAUGUGGUGGACAGUGAGACUGUGGUCCGGGCCCGUGGGUUGCCCUGGCAGUCAUCAGAUCAGGAUGUGGCUCGCUUCUUCAAAGGGCUCAACAUUGCCAGGGGUGGUGUAGCACUUUGCCUCAAUGCCCAAGGCCGCAGAAAUGGUGAGGCCCUCAUCCGCUUUGUGGACAGUGAGCAGCGGGACCUAGCACUGCAGAGACACAAGCACCACAUGGGCAUCCGCUAUAUUGAGGUAUAUAAAGCCACAGGGGAGGAGUUUGUAAAGAUCGCAGGGGGCACAUCAAUAGAGGUGGCUCGUUUCCUGUCACGGGAAGACCAAGUGAUCUUGCGGCUGCGGGGACUGCCCUUCUCUGCUGGGCCACCAGACGUGCUGGGCUUCCUGGGACCAGAAUGCCCAGUGACAGGAGGUGCUGAGGGGCUGCUCUUUGUGCGCCACCCUGAUGGACGGCCAACUGGUGAUGCCUUUGCCCUCUUUGCCUGUGAGGAGCUGGCACAAGCUGCUCUACGUAGGCACAAGGGCAUGCUGGGUAAGCGAUACAUCGAAAUCUUCCGGAGCACUGCAGCUGAGGUGCAGCAGGUUCUGAACCGUUAUGCAUCUAGUCCACUCCUUCCCACACUGACUGCCCCACUGCUGCCCAUCCCCUUCCCACUGGCAGCCGGGACAGGGAGGGAUUGUGUACGCCUUCGAGGCCUGCCCUACACAGCCACAAUUGAAGACAUCUUGAGCUUUCUGGGUGAGGCAGCGGUGGACAUCCGGCCCCAUGGUGUGCACAUGGUUCUAAACCAGCAGGGCCGGCCAUCGGGCGAUGCUUUCAUCCAGAUGACAUCAGCAGAGCGGGCCCUAGCUGCUGCGCAGCGUUGUCAUAAGAAGGUGAUGAAGGAACGCUACGUGGAGGUGGUCCCCUGUUCCACAGAGGAGAUGAGCCGUGUGCUGAUAGGGGGCACCUUGGGCCGCAGUGGCAUGUCCCCUCCGCCCUGCAAGCUGCCCUGCCUCUCGCCACCAACCUAUGCCACCUUCCAGGCCACCCCAACCCUUAUUCCCACUGAGACGGCAGCCCUAUACCCCUCUUCAGCACUGCUCUCAACUGCAAGGGUGCCUGCUGCCCCCAGCCCUGUUGCCUACUACCCAGGUCCAGCCACUCAACUCUACAUGAACUACACAGCUUACUAUCCAAGUCCCCCAGUCUCCCCUACCACUGUGGGCUACCUCACCACACCCCCUGCUGCCCUGGCCUCUGCUCCCACCUCAGUGUUGUCCCAGCCAGGAGCCCUGGUCCGCAUGCAGGGUGUCCCAUACACAGCUGGGAUGAAGGAUCUGCUCAGUGUCUUUCAGGCCUACCAGCUAGCCCCUGAUGACUACACCAGUCUGAUGCCUGUAGGUGACCCUCCUCGCACUGUGUUACAAGCCCCCAAAGAGUGGGUGUGUUUGUAGGUGAAGAAACCAGGAGGUAAGAGGUAGCUGAUGUCCUCAGCUAACAUGCCUCUCCUAUGUCAGGGGACCAGCCCCUUCAACUUGCUAGCUUUUUGCUGGCUUGUCAGAAGGCACCUUGAUGAGCCCAAGCUCCAGUUCCAUCCCCCAUUCAUUCCUCUGCCUGCUUACCCCAAAGAUGAUGGUUGAACCUUGCAUGCAGGUCUAGAGGUGGAAUGGGACUAACCUGCUCCUGAUGGCCUGAGCUGGGCCUCUUGAAUGGCACCUAGAGAGCCUUUUGGUCUGUCCUGGCUAUGGUCCAUGCCCAGAGAUAUCCUGGGGCUGACAGGUCCAUAGCAGGCUUUCUUUUUUAAAAUGUAAUUUCUGGUACCUUCAAUGUAGGACUCCUGGGAGGAUCAAGGGUCCACUUGGGCCUGAGUAAAGAUCCCAAUGUUCUACCUCCCCCUGUUGCUCUAGUGAGGGGCAGGCAGAGAGAGCCAACCCCCAUACUCAGGAUACUUGGACCUCAGAAACCAUAUUGUGCCUGGAAGGUCCCACCUAAGGAUGCUAGCCCCUUUCUAGCACAAGGAAUAUCAGAUGGCAAAACUGCAAGCUAUUUUGACGGACUAUGCUGUAGUAUCUCCGGAGGACACCAAGGGGCAAAAGCACCCCCCACAAAAACUCAGGCUUGAAUUUUAAAAGGGACUUUUCUGCCAACUUUUCAUGCACACCUUGGGAAGCCCAGUUGUCCUGAACCCAGCAGACACUGUGGAAUGUCCUUUGCACCCAUUAAAGGGUACAGAACUGAA